GAUAUUGUUGCAGAAAAAAGUCUUCUUACAAAAAUCGAUGAGAGAAUAAGCUUACUAGAAAUUAUGCUUAAAGCAAACUGGAAUGAAUCUGUUAUAUGUAAUUUGUUAAAAUUUUGCUGGAAUCAUAGAGAAACUCAGGAAUGGAGAAAUAAUAUACUUGCAAGAUUCCUUCAUCAUCCAAAUUUAACUCCAUCAAAGCAUAAACCGAAUGCCUUAUAUGAUAUAUUCACCAAGAUAGAU